AUGCCGCGUGAUUUGGCGAUGGAAACCCAGGACAGCCUCGAUAUCUCGUGGUUGCAACGCGUCGCGCUAGGCCUAGAGCAGGACCCAUCCCAGCCGCGCCUCGUAGCGCCUGCACUACCCGAGAAUAUUCCCCAGACCACUCCUCGUCGUUCAUUCCAGGAGGCCCGCCACUUUUCUGAUGGUGACGCAUUGUCCACCACUCCAGGGUUGCCCUCCAACUUCUUACCCGACCACAUCCACCCUUCAGUCUCUGGACUGCACCGGCAUGACGCAAGCCUAAUGGUCCCUCCCAACGUUGGCGGCCGGCACGAAGCAGGCUCCGAAUCACAAGCCAAAAUGAGCAGCGGCGAGACUGCCCCUGGAGACACUCAGGUGGUCUCGCAGUCCGUCUUUGACAGCAUAAUUCAGAACAAUACCUCCUCCGUACAUUCGCACUUUUCGCAGGCGGGUGCGGGUGGUGACACGAUGAUGACCUUGCACAAGGGAGAGAGUGGCCAUAUCGACCUCCUGUCCCAGUUUGAGUCGGCACCCAAUCCGACCCAUCUUUCACAGGAUCACGACGACCACAGCAGUUCUGCCCCGAGCCAGUCUUCUCCGCUCGCCUACCAGCCCGAUCUCUUUCCGGAAUCCCAGCGCUUCUUGACAACGCCCGGGACGACAACGAAGAUCCCCACAAAGGGUGCGCCAAUAGAAACACCAAGCCUACCACGCAAUAAUCCGCUAGCCGGUGAUAUCCAGUCAAGCGGCGGUCUCUUAGGUCUGAGUCAACUGUUCAAAGCCACCCAAGCCCCGUCAUCUCCACUAGUCCAUGGUCAACAACCGGAGCUCGCGUCGGAUCGUCCGUCGCCCAACAUCCCAAUUCAUCAGCCUCGCCUCGCCGCGGGAAUCUCAUCGCCCUCGAGAGGCUUGCCGGUUGAUUUCAUGAGAGAGUCUUCAGAGCCGAAUCUCAACUACAUUUCCAUGAAAGAGUCCCAGACAAAUCGAGAGAGGGUCCACAGCGAGCGAAUGACCCGAUCAGCCGAUGAUAUGCCCUCGGAAGACCACAGCGACAUCGAGUUCUUCAAAGAGUCUAGCUUUGUGGAACGUGCACGCCGUCAACGGAGAAUUGAGGAGGAAGCUGCUGCACAAUUUGCCGGCCUGACUGCGCCUGCCAGGACCUCCCCGACUAUGCCCCUUCCGCAUUCCGAUCUGACUCAUUCUGGUUCGCCUGAACACUCCGUGCAGGAGCCGCAGGAUGUCGACAUGAUGCUGCAGACUGGCGUCAGUGAAGAGGAAACAGAACACGAAGAUGUGGAUCAGCAAGUCCCCCGGUCACAGGAGUAUCCUCAUUCUUCAACUGAGGAGGACAAGGAAAACUACAACGGUCCUCCCGUCUCCGUCGCCGCAACUUCUAGUGCACAUGACCGGCUUUCGCAGGUCCUGCAUGGGACACAAGAUCCGUUCGACGCUCACGACGAUGGACCAUUUGAAAUGAUCAACCCGCCAUCACAAAUCAUGGUCAUGGACUCCCAGCUAUCACCGCAACCCUCGCCAGACCGGAUAGCCCACGAGGGUGAUGAGGAAAUGCCCGAUGCGCAGCCACAACCUGGCCGUGAAGUAGAAAUCGGCCCUUCUUCAGAUAUUCAUAAAAUUUCGCCUGUUCGACGCUCUGUACGAUCUUCGCCUCCUUACUCACAGCGUGAAGGAGAACCAUCUCGAGGGCACACUCCCUCACAGUCACAUGGCUCAGCUGUAUCAACGGGGCACUCGCCCAACGUGCCGGUGCCGGCCACCCACGAUCCGUCUUCUUACGAAAGCAGACAACAAUCCGAAGAGCAACGGGAGCAAACAGUCUUCUAUGCCGUCCCGAGUGAUCGAAACGCCUGUUCAUCUCCCCCGAAAUCUUCGCGCGACUUGGCCCGCUUGACAAGCAUUCCCGAAACCAGUCCCAGCCACUCCCAAAAUCAUGAAUGGGAAGAGGGCUCUAACGGCGAUGGAAUGAAUGUUGAGGAUGAUGACCUUCCUCCUAUGUUCCCUGUCAGCGAGCACGUUCGAAGCAUCCAGCCUCGACCAUCUGGAACCAGAACGCGGUCUUCACCCUUGAAGAAAUCUCCUCUGAAAAGCAUCAUUCUGUCCAGUCCCAGUGGAAGGCAACGGAGAAGACUGACAGAGAUAGCCAGUGAUGCUUCCCCUCAAGUUGGGCCUGGAUUUUUCGACAUGGGCAUUGGAAUCUUCACAAAUGAGGAUCAAGAAUUUCGUGAUUUAAUCGAAAGCUCUCCAACUCAGCCUAGGAAAAAGCGCCGUGGCAACAACGGCCAGGCCUAUCAUGAACCUGAGCCUGUUAUCCCCGUCACCCCUCGCCUUGUACCUCCUAAGACUGUCACGCCCCUUCGGCGACAAUCUACACAAGAGCCUGAAACCGAGGAACCAAUCCACAUACCCGAGACUACUGUUCGUAGGCAACCAAAGCCACGGCCUCAGCGAUCCGAAAAUGUCUGGGAAGUCGAGUCUCCGCAACAAUUCAUUCGCCGACGGGCUAGAGGCAAACCCUUGUCUGCACCACGUCCAUUACAAGAAAAACAACCCCCAGCACAGAAACCUGCAGCGUCAACGCCUGUGCGGCCCGCUCUUCCUCCUGACCCUCAAUUCUCUGUAUUAUCUGAACUCACGGAACUGGAUUCGGAUGAGAUGGCUGAAGUAGAGCGCUCUGUCAUGAGUCGGGUUCCUCGUACACCGAGAGGCAGGAGACUUUUCUUCGAUGCCACUCCAGUUGCUCCUCGCCAAAUUCUGGCACCGUGGAGUGGCCUACAACGGGCAUACUACCCUGCAGUCUGUCUUGGUACACCUCUGGGUGUCUCACAAGACAAAUAUCUGGUCAAAUUUGAGGAUAGUGAUCCUGUUGAGGUUCCCAAGGGUGCUGUGAAACGAUUUGAUCUUCGCGAGGGAGAUGCCGUCAAAGUCGACCUGCCUAACAUUCCAAAGGUCACUCACAUAAUCCGUGGGUUCGAUCACAAGCUCACCAAAGAGGAAAUUCUCGAAGCGCCGGCCGACUUCCCGCCUCUAACCGAUAUUCAUGGACAUUCCACUGUUAUACUCGGGCCCAAACAGCGCAAGAGUCUUCCCGGCGGAGGCCUAAACAGCACUGAGAACGUGAUCAAGGUGCCCAUUUCACGGAUUUAUUUUGAUAUGAUUCUAUGGAACAACCUCAAGGAUCGAGCAUUCACAUAUCAGCCAGAGAUCGUCCCGCAAGAAAACAAGCCCACUACGCCCUCGGAGAAGAGAACCUCGGCCGGUCCUUCCCCAAACAGCCGAUUUUCACGCAGCUCUCAUUACUCCAGCGGUAUCUUUGCCGGGAUGGCGUUUGCCGUCUCUUACAAGGAGGACGAGAGUACCAAGAACCACGUCACCAAGUUGAUCCUGGACAAUGGCGGAAUUCUUCUGCAUGAGGGAUUCACAGAAUUGUUCGAAACUUCGUCCAUUACUGCCCCUGCUACUCCGACCAAAGCGUCAGCGAGAGAUGCAGAAACCCGCAGUGGUGGACUACGUCUUACCGCCAGUGCCCAGGAGGUAGGAUUCGCCUGUUUAAUUGCCGAUACACACUCCCGUCGUGAAAAGUACAUGCAGGCACUGGCAUUGAACCUUCCCUGUCUUUCAGGGCGCUGGGUCCAAGACUGCGUUGCCAAAGGGCGCGUCCUCGAUUGGGAUAUCUACCUUCUCCCUGCUGGAGAGUCCAUGUACCUCAACGGAGUCACCAAAUCACGAAUUCUGAUCCCGACACCACCAGACACUGCCUGUCUAUCUGAGACGAUAGCAUCACGACCCAGACUCCUCGAUGGUCACUCCGUCAUUCUGGUCAUGGGCCGAGGCAAGGCGGAAGAAAAAAGGAGAGCGUACAUCUUUCUCACAUUUGCCCUGGGUGCCUCCCGCGUUGAACGCGUCCCGGAUCUGGACACCGCCAGAGCUAUGCUUGAAUCUCAGGCCGAGGCAGGCAUACCUUCCACCUGGGACUGGAUCUAUGUCGAUGACGCCGACCAGGCCGCUGCAAAGACCAUGCUCGCGGCGCCCAAGUCCAGGACGAGGAAUCUGCGAAUCGUCCAUGGAAGUGGGGGGCGGAAACGGAGGAAGUCGGAAGUGCUCGCUGUUGCAGCGGACGGUGAUGCUUUGUGCAAUGCUAAAGUGGUUGGCAAUGAGUUCGUCUGCCAGAGUUUGAUUUUGGGUCGGUUGUUUGAUGAAUGA